CGUCAUACCAUUCGAUCACCUGCAGCGCCUACGUGAACAAGCUAAUACUAAGGUCAAUAACCUCUGUGCAUGUAUCCACAGAACAUUCAGGCGUACGUUUCCUUGGUCCUUACAGCGUCGGAAGGAAACUACAACGUCUUGGGAAAUGUGGACGUCUUGUGUACCAUCUCAGGUGUACCGUCUUACGCCGCGUUGAGGAACCUUAUGCCUGAAAUUCUCAGAUCAGCUCAAGUCACCUUGCCAGCCCGGCAGUGUCACAGUGUGGCUGGGAGCUAGCUAAGACAACUCGAGACUUGUUAAGGAACACCUUUGGAGUCUUGAGAAGUUCCAGGCACCAUGGCCCCCCAGAUGAAGAAGCUGUUUGUUCUGGUACUGCUUCUCCUUGCGGAACCCGGCCCAAUUGCAGGCUGUGCAGACAGAUGCAGCUACGAGUCUCAGUUCAGCUUUGACAUGUUCUGCCCCUGUGACGGGCUGGGCUUCAGCACUGUCCCACAGUUCCUGCCGGCUGACGUCACUAGACUGGACCUGUCGCGAAACGCCAUCACAACCUUAGACUGGACUGAUUUCUCCAGGUACCCCAGGGUGAAAAGUCUAAACCUCGAGUCCAACCACAUCUCCACCAUCAACAGCGGCGCGUUCCACAACCUGAGCAGCCUAACGGCGCUGCACCUGGCCGAUAACAGGCUCACCAGCAUCCGGGCAGACAUGUUCUAUGGCUUACAUGUUCUGGAGUUCCUAGAUCUCGAUCAGAACAGCAUCCGGGACAUCGAGCCGGGAACGUUCAACAACACUCCGCAGCUCAAUACGCUGAAGGUUGCCCAAAAUAGGGUCACCACGGUUCCAGGUGCAAUGUUCGGGCUGAACAUGUCCGUUGUCCAAGAGCUGGAUUUCCAGAGCAACCAGAUCGGUGCCUUUCCCUUUGAAGAACUGGCAGCUCUGAACAUCUCCACGCUGGACAGGCUCCAUCUGCAGUACAACCGAAUGACGACCCUUCCCUUUGCGGCGUAUGACGUCCUGACGUUGGCUUCCCUGACGUUCGUUAACGUGGAGCGGAACCCCUGGCAGUGUGACUGCAGGAUGCUUCCCUUUAAGCAGAGAAUGACGGGAUUCUACACGGUUGAGUACAGCAUCACCUGUGCGGGGCCUGCUAAUCUACAGGGAAAGGGUUUACUACAGGACGUUAGUCCUGAAGAUCUCGUCUGUGUAACGACGACAACAUCAACAGCGUCUGUUGUAACUGUCCAUCCGGAACCGUUGAGCACGACAACACGGACACCGGCACCUUCUCCAACAGGUGUGCGUACAUCCGGCACCUCGCAGGCGCAGCCGGGAAGGACGGUGGGCACCGGGGCUUCUCACUGCGUCUUCCCCGUACAGGUGUUCCUGACGGGGUUCCUGCCAGGUGUGUUGGUCGGGGCUCUUCUCGCCUCCGCUGUGUUCCUCUCCAUCUGGUGUUUCUACAGAAGGAAGAGUGCCGAAUCUGUACCGGAAAACAGCGCUAUGUUCAGUCUUCAGUAACACAGUACCACUGCUAAUGUCACAAGGACCAGA